UAUCAACCCACACGCAAAUCGCUCAUCCCAACGCAACGUCUCGUAUCGCAUUGCUCCUCACUUUACCUACAAAGACCGACGCUCCCCUCAAUUGCUGCCACCUUCCCCCAGACCCAUCCUUUAUCCCCACAAUCCACCUCCCAUCCUCCGCCCAAUCGUGCAUCGUCCCACUCCGGCGUGUGGUGUGACGGGUCGCGGCGCAAUCAGCUCCAUCUCGAGAUUGCUUCAUUUUCUGCCUGAGUGAGAGCUUCCGGUUCGAUUCGCCGUCAGUCGCCGCUCCUCCGCAGCUGCUGCACCACGACAUGUCGGCCCCUCAAAACAUGCUUCCUCCUCUCGGCACCGUGAUGGUUCCCCAGAAUGUCCCUGCGAUGGCUCCCAUGAUGCAUUCGACACCGCCGCAGCAGACGCAAUCGUCGUCAAACGCCGACUCCAUCCGACCUCAGCAGACCCCACACAAUCCCCCUUCCCGCCCUCCGCCGCACCCGCUUGAUACGAUGAGAGCCUAUCGAGCGUGUCUCAAUUGCCGGAAUAGGAAAAGCAAGUGUGAUCUGGAUAUCAACCGGGGGAGACCUCCCUGCCGUCGAUGUCAAAGAGAGAACCGAGAAUGUGUGUUGGGAGAAUCACAUCGAGGUGGACGUCGAGUGAGAAAGAAACCAAAACUUGAUGAAGGAGCCACAACAACUGAGAGCAAUCAAAAUACUCCCACGAAUCCUUCGAAUGCACCAUUCAAUAGUCCCGCUGGAUCUAGUACAGCUCCAACUCACUUCAGUCCCCUUCAGAAUCAGAGUCAACAGCUUCCACCUCCUCAACCUUUCCACAGUCGAUACGAUAGUCGUUUGGAAGGUGCUUACGGAUGGCAAGGUACACCAAAUACUGCGGGGUCCGAUACUACAAGUGCAUCUAGACAUACGGAGCAAACAAAUAUCACCAGCCCGGCAAUUGAUACAGCAUAUCGAGCUCGACAAGAAUCGACCGUCAGCCUUGCUGCAAAGUUAGGAGAUCGGGCAAAUGAAGGCAUUGCAUCAGCAGACCUCCAGAAUCCAUCAGACGCUCUUGAGAUCCUAGCACAAGUUGCGGAUAGAGCAGAUGAUGAGAAUUCUCCAGAAGGUGGACAGACGCCAGGAAAUUCGAAGAGCGUCAGACCAGUUCAACGACGCCAAGAUCCCAGCCCGUCUAAGCUGGAUGAUUAUUGGCUGUAUAAGCCUAUUCAAGACGGCAUGAUCAGUCCGGAAAUGGUCUAUUCAUUAUUUUCCACCUACGAGGAAUUCUUUCAUCCUUUCUUUCCUAUUAUCCCAAGACAGACUUUUGAUCGAACACGACUUCCAUGGUUAUCACGAAAUGAACCACAUCUUUUCUCCGCCAUCCUCACUGUCGCAUCCAAGGAUAACGAACGAGUGCAUCAAAUAUGUUAUGAUCACAUGCAGCAACUUGUCUCUGAUAUCCUAGCUGGAGCUGAUGCGAAUGUUGAAGCAGUAGAAGCACUCUUACUUUUAUCACAGUGGGUAUCACAUCGUCCUCAAGCAUCAGUUGCUGUUGGCCGAGGUGAAGAAGACAGAGUAGCAUGGAUGUACAUUGGUACAGCUCUCCGGCUGGGUUACUUUCUUGGCAUUGACCGAGCGGCUUUCAAGAGUGACUCGCAUGAAGAUCCAGCCAUAUUCAAUCGGAAGCGGCUGGUAUGGUCUGCAUGUUACAUUUGCGAUCGUCAAGUUUCUGUUCGGCUAGGGAAAGGGUUUUGGGCACGAGGACCGGGACCACUUUCUGGACUGACAGCAAGCGACUUCCCUACUCUUCAGAGAACAUCGCCAAAUGAUGAUGACUGGGCUUUGAUCUUCCAAGCAAACCUUGAGCUUACCCAAAUCUUCUCCAAUGUUCACGACAUUCUAUAUUCAUCCAAAGGGCAUGGUUGGAAGGAGAUGCUGGAGGGUAGAUAUGCCAAGUAUCUGGAUGACUUUCGAACAAGCAUUCGAAGAUGGAAUGAUGUCUGGGGGACAUUGAUAUGUUCUUCACGACUCAAAGCCAGUCUUCUCUUGACUUACGAUUACCUACGACUCUACGUCAAUGCUUUCGCCUAUCAAGCCACGAUAUCUCGUGCCGUCACAUUCCAUCGAGAUAGCCAACAUAAUCCCAAUAGACCUAUGCCUCUCAUUAGUGCUACAGCCCCCGAUGCACGAUUCAUCUACGAAGCCCUCGAUGCCGCAAAAUCCCUCCUAUCAACCUUCAACAACUUCGUCGACCCUCAAACACUCCGCUACAUGCCAUCAUCCUACUACCUCUUCAUAAUAUACUCCGCCGUCUUCCUCUACAAAGCCCGCUCAACAACAACCAUGACAGAAGAAGAACGCACCGGCGUCCGCCACCUCAUCAACCAAACCAUCGAACGCCUCCAACGCGCCUCCGUGGGCGCAAACCACAUGGGCUCCCGCUACGCCCGUCUCCUGCAACUCCUCUGGCGCAAAGCCCCCAAACGCUCCGGCGCCCCACCUCACGCAACCAUCGACUCUCGCCUCACCAACAACACAUCCGCCCCCUCGGAACCGCAGCAAACCUUCGACCAGGUCACCUAUCCCAUGCAAAGCCAGAAUUUCAACGGUGGAGGAGGAGGCUUCAGUUGGCUAGAUCUCGGGGCGACGUGGAACUUUGCUACCCAGAAUAAUGGGGGCAAUACGAAUAGUUCGAGUGGGAGUGCGGGGGAUGUGGGGGAUGGGUUGGCGGAUGGGGUGAGUCCGUUUGAUAUGAAUCUUUUGACGGAUUAUAGUUUGCUUGAGGGGGAUAAUCCGAAUUUGAUUUUUUGAAUUUUCUUUUGUCGGAAAUGAGGAGGAGUUUGGUGGGCAAAAUUAUUGGAGGUUGGGGGUGUUGGUUAAGAGUGUUGGUUAAGAGUGUCGGAGUAUUCGGUAGGUUGGUAAUUGUUAAUUUAAUACAUUAUUGGAC